AUGGCAGAGCGGAGGAGAGUGGACUAUAAUGUCCACAGAGACGUGCUGGACGAGGAGAUAGUGGACAACGUGUACCACCCCAUCCAUCACACCACCACUGUGAAAGACAAGCUCAAGAAGUCUUUCAGCUGCUCCGGUCCGAGGUUAAAGAAGACCGUCAUGACCAGUGUGCCCGUGGUGAAAUGGUUACCGCGGUACCCGGUGAAAGAGAACGCCCUGGGAGACCUGAUCAGCGGCAUCAGUGUGGGCAUCAUGCAGCUCCCACAAGGAAUGGCGUACGCGCUCCUGGCCUCUGUUCCUGCCGUCUACGGUCUGUACUCGUCCUUCUACCCAGUUCUGGUCUACUUCUUCUUCGGCACCUCCAAGCACAUCUCUGUAGGUACAUAUGCAGUGAUGAGUGUGAUGAUCGGAGGAGUGACCGAGCGACUGGCCCCAGAUUCAAAGUUCUUGGAGAACGUAACAGGAGAGGUCAUCAUCAACACCACGCUCCGAGACGCAGAGAGGAUCAAAGUGGCAGCGGCCGUCACCUUUGUUUCGGGAUUAUUUCAGGUGCUGUUAGGCCUGGUACAGUUUGGUUUCGUGGUCACGUACCUUUCAGAGCCGUUGGUUCGCGGGUACACCACCGGAGCCGCCAUGCACGUCGUAGUCUCCCAGCUCAAGUACACGUUUGGGAUCAGCCCCACCAGGUUCAGCGGACCUCUGGCUCUCAUCUAUACGGUGUUGGACAUUGGCUCUCUCCUGCCUCAAACGAACCUGGGGACUCUGGUGGUCAGCGCAGUCGCCAUCGUGUGCCUGAUGAUAGCCAAAGAACUCAACACGUAUCUGGCAAAAUGGCUUCCUGUGCCCAUACCAGUGGAGCUCAUAGCCAUCAUCGUAGCCACAGUGAUCUCCUGGCAGGUUAACUUGAAUGCCAAAUAUGGUAUUGAUGUGGUGGGCAAUAUUCCUUCUGGCCUGCAGCCUCCAGCGCUCCCCGAUGUCUCGCUCUUCUCCCAGGUGAUCGGAGACGCUUUCGCCAUCUCUGUGGUCGGAUACGGACUGGCCAUUUCUCUGGGACGGAUCUUCGCUCUCAAGUACGGCUACAAGGUGGACAGCAACCAGGAGCUGAUCGCCCUGGGUCUGAGUAACACCGUUGGAGGCUUCUUCCAGUGCUUCGCCAUCAGCUGCUCCAUGUCCAGAACCAUGGUCCAGAUCAGCACUGGAGGAAAAACACAGGUGGCCGGAGCUCUGUCGGCGGUGGUGAUUCUCAUAAUCACUCUGUGGAUUGGGCAGCUCUUUGAGGAUCUGCCAAAGUCGGUGUUGGCCGCCAUCAUCUACGUGAACCUGCAGGGGAUCAUGAAGCAGUUUAUGGACAUCAAAGUUCUGUGGAAGAGCAGCCGGAUCGACAUGGUGAUCUGGAUAGUCACGUUUAUACUGACCAUCCUGCUGAACCCUGACAUCGGGCUGGCUGCUUCCAUCGCCUUCGCUCUGCUCACGGUCAUCUUCAGGACUCAGCUUCCGACGUACUCUCUGUUGGGGCAGAUCCCAGACACAGACGUCUACAAACCUCUGGACAGCUACGAAGAGGUGAAGGCGGUGCCAGACGUGGUGGUUUUCCGUUCCUCUGCCACUCUGUACUUUGCCAACGCAGAGAUGUACCAGGAAGCUCUGGGACGCAAGACCGGGAUUGACAUCACCAAGAUCUUGUCGGUCAAAAGGAAACUCGAGGCCAAGCGACAGAGGGUGGAGAAAAAACAGCUGAAGAAAGCCCAGAAAGAGGCCAAGAAGCUGGCCAAGGAGAACGGAGAUGUGCAGGUGGACGGGGAGCACACGGAGAUGAAGGGGGUGGCGGUGAUCGACGUAGAACCGGACAGAGACCCGUCUUUACCCAGGUCCAUCGUCCUGGAUAUGGGUCCCGUGAACUUCCUGGAUAUGGUCGCAGUCAAGACCCUCAAAAAUAUCAAAAAGGACUACGGGGAAAUCGGGAUUGACGUGGUGCUGACCAACUGCCAACCCGGAGUGGUGCAUAACUUGGAGACCGGCGGCUUCUUCAACGAGAAUGUGACAAAGUGCUGCGUGUUUUCUUCCGUUCACGACGCUGUUCUGCACUGCCAGUGUUCGUGUGAGAGAGAGCGCCACCAUCAGGACAUGGACGUGACGGACCUGCCUUCCACAAACUUCUGAACCUGGAACACUUGUUAGUUUAUUUAAAUGGUUCCACAUUUUUGUCUACAUUUAAUAUGCCCGUUUACCCACCCCACGCUAUACCGCCCC